AGUAUUAUAUUUCUCAUUUUAUCUUUCUCCCUGAUGAGCUGUGUACCAACUGCAAUUCCUGACCCGCUUCACCGUCUGAUGAGGUAGUAUAUAAACAACCUGCGUGUAUAUGUUAGCAAGGUGUCAUGUAUCAAAUCUCUCAUCACAGUAUUUGCACAGAUAUCGAAGGCAUUUAAACAUUCAACUAGUCAGCAUAUGAGUAAAUAAGUGGAUUGUACCGAGCAAUUACGUUAAACUUUUCAGGGCAUGAAAUGAGUUCAGUUUUCACGAGGCAAAAGAGUAAACCAACUGAAAGCUUCUGUCCCAUAACGAAAACCUUCUAGAGUAAGACCCACGUCACGAGAUAUGUUCUAUGACGAAUAAAAUAUCCGCUCCCUGGACUGCUGGUAGUGCAGAGAGGUCGAUGAGCUUGCCGAGUCACCCACCUCAGUGGCCUCUGGCCGCCUCAGCUGGUAACAUCUCAAGAGCUCACCUGUCUUCAGCCCCUCUACUUCAUUAAUGCAAGGCCCUUCACAUGAAGUCCACUAACUGAUCUUGAAAAAUGUGGUGUCAUUCUAUAAUUUGUAUGACUUAAUCAUAAAAGUACUCAAGUCUGCAUGUAUAUGAAAAUUCUUUUGUUUAAAAUAAUUCAGAGGGAGAGUGGCUCCGUAAAUAAAAUGCUCCCGCUACUACACAUUUGAUCUGGAAUUUUGUUUUAUCAAAUACACGAAAUACAGUCAAUGUGGAAAAAGAAAAGGACCGACACAAUGGUUCCACUGGAACACGAGGUAUUGGCCAACAUCCCACCAGUGCACCUAAACCUUGAAGACUAUGCUUCACCAGCUUUCCCGACGCCCUUCGUUCACAUCGUCCGCUGGAGCAAGUUCUGGGGGUGUCUGCCCAUCUCCUACAGCUACUCUGCUCACUCCUGGACGCUCUCGCCCUUCCUCACCUUCUGGGUCAUAUGUGCCAUCGGCUUCAGUCCCACCUUCUACGACUGUAUCAAGUCUUCCUUGGGCACAGACGGCCUAAUGCUGUACGUGAUGAUCAUGAUCGUGUGCGUGAUGAGCAUCUCGGGCGUGUCCAUGCAUGUGCUGGCACUGAUCCACUAUGAUGAGUGGAUUACUUUCCUUAACAACUGGAUGGCCUUCGAGCGAAAGUUUCCUACGCUGACAGUAGGCAUCCAUUCGUUCCGGGUUGCACUCCCGCUCUUCAUGGGCUUCUUCCUCUAUAUCGCAUUUUUCGUGGUGAACAUCCUUAACGAGCUGCGCUUUAACCUUAUCAACGGCGACGGCGUUGGCCGGAUGCUGUCUCUUGUGUAUGUGUACGUGAUCUAUAGUUACACGCUCUCUAUGCCCAUCCUGUGGGUGGUGAUGGCCUCUAAGGUGUUCUCUGUCUGCCUGUGCCACAUUAGGAGGGAGCUGGAGUCCCUAAUGGAGUGCGUUAAAUUAGGUAUCCGGUGCACAGCAUUGCCCAUACAGAAGUGCAUCGGCACGGGCGACAUGAACCGUUUGCAGGAGGCGGUGUUGGACCUGGCUCGAAUCAUCGAAGGCUUCAAGGUUAUCAUGGGCCCCUUCAUGCUGGUUAUCAUCCCUCACCACAUCAUCUCCCUUAUCUGCUUCCUCUACUGGACGUUGGUGUCCAUCCUUGACUAUACAGACUGGUACUUCCCGCUUAGUUUCGGGCUCCUCUCCGCUCAGGCCAUCAUGCCCAUCUUCUGCGGCGCUAUUUACAGCGAGGACGUCCACAAUCAGAAGGAGUCGCUUAUUGAGCCGCUCAUUAUACUGAAAAGUUCCAUGUCGGACGGGGCAGCUAAACAUAAGAUGACAACCCUGAUCGACCACUUGGAUCGAUUGGACGCCCAAAUUGAGGGCCGAGGCUUCUUCACUCUUAACAAAGGCAUGGCCACCACGGUUGUGAACACAGUGGUGACGUAUUUGGUAGUGUUGAUACAGUUCUACGGAGGGGGACAUUAAUUAACGGCUUCUCUUGCUACUAGAUGUACGCUUCCACUGUCACUCCUAUGCCCCCAAUGGACCUGUACAAACUUGGAAAUGCUUAAGGAAAUUAUUUGACUCAAAUACAAAUGUAAUAAAUACUAGUCAAUGACAAAAACUAUCCCAUACCGAGACAAAACAGGAAAUGAGUACAGUACUGUACAUUUCGACCUUGUACUGAGGCAGUCUUCAGUUCUGUUCUAAAAUCCAAUGUGACAGACAUCCUGCAUGUAACUUUAUCUCUAUUAUGUACUUCAUGUUGAUAAUAUAGCACUUUCUAAUGCAACACCAUUUAUUAUCUCGAAGACUUCUAACUCGUCUCGUGCAAUGCUGUAGAAACAAAAGCACCUAGUAAUGCAGGUUAUAAAGAAAUAUUUUAUCAAACUACUUGUCUUUCUUCGUACUCAGCCUCGCAGUGGCACUGGUACAUAGUCAAGUUUUUAGGGUUAACUCCAUUCCCAAUUAGUAUAACUGUUAUGAACUUAAAUAUAUAAUUAUCCUCAACACAUGAUAAUAUAAAAAAAUGUUAAACGACGGUUCUUGUAGAGAAACGGUUAGAGCACUGGAUGAAAAUCAAAAGAAGACCAAGAAAUAAUAGCAUAUGAGAUCAAAAGGUAUACCACAAAGUACCGAAAUGACAAUUUAAAUUUUUAGCAACUAGAUCACAAAAUUAAGUGUUACUGUAAAAAAAAAGAAAUGCGGGCUAAAAAAGACAAUUCUCAGUGGUGACAAAUGUCAACUGCUUCAAUAUGAUGAGAACGAAAAACCACAACACGAGCAUCCCCUCAAGGGAGGUUCCUUGACGCUGGUGAGGGGCUCUUGAUCUAGGGAAUUGGAUUUGUGCUCCGGUUCCCUGAACUGAGCCUGAAUACCUUCUAUCCCCCCAUGCGCUGUAUAAUCCUACGGGUUUAGCGCUCCCCAUGAUUAUAAUAACUAUAAUCAACACUAGCAUAAGAUAUAAAAAUCAAACAUUUUUCCACAGGAUAGUGGGAAUAAGCAUAAACCCUAGGAAUGAUACUGUCAAAAGACUACAGUUUAGAAAAAAAUUCAAAACAGAUUCCACGGUAAUAAUGGUAAAAUUGAAAGCACUUACGCGCUAUCGUCUAGAAUAUACCCAAAACGUACUUUCAUCCAAUAAGACUUUCUUACGACUUCUAUACAGAAAAUAUUUUAAAGUAAUAUACCCAAUCUAAACACUGCUAUAACUUACUGGAUAUAAAGAUUCGGGAGGCUUGAGUAAAACUAGUAAAAUGAAUAUGUUAUUACACACAACAGUGUCAACAUUCGUGUUCAAAGACUCGUCAACCUUCACCAGCAGAUACAAGAAUAUUACAGGAACAUAGGUAGUUUUCAUGAUUGAACUAGGCAAUUUUUUUUCAGGAUAUGGGCCGUAAGCAUCAACAAUCUGGUUCAUCGGGUAUCACCCAAAAAAAUGCUUGGCUUCGAGAGAACUUAAAAAACCGUAACAGGCAUAUGCAAGUAUACCAAACAAUAAGUCUCUAACCAUCAGGAUAUAAACACCGUAUGGUAUUUCAGCGUAUAUAUGCUGAAUAUACUUUAAUUUCUACUUUAGGGAUAAAAGUAUUCUUGACUGGUGGUGAACAGGUUACAUGUAGCCUUAAUUAAUGACCCUCGUUUAGCAGAUAGGCUUUAAAAAGGAACUUGUCACAUUAGCUGAUAAGCAACUUCCAACGGCCAUACUAUGCCACAGGACUUAAUUAAUGCCUAAUGGACUUAGCUAAAGCCAAACGACUGCAUGUAGGUCAUAAGAGUGCAGUUUUCAUAUACAUUAACAUCAUAAUAAUGCGUUAAAACCAAACUGCAGGUAAUAAUAUAAACUAUGUAUAUUUAAAGAUAUAGGCUACACAUUACGAUGUAUAUACCCACGUUUCAGUGAUUUUAACAACCAGAUAUAACGCCUUUCCAUCAUUUUCGCUGUAUCACUUUGGGGUUUAAACUGAUGAUGAUAAUUCCGAUAAGUUGCUAUGCGCUGACACGGAAAUGAGCGGGUCAUCAAAUGACGGCGACCCGCGUUAGGCGAUUUUCAAUGACUAAUUAACAAUAAUGAAAACCUUACCUAACUUUACAUGUGCAGAAAUACUUCCUCGAUUGGAUAUAACAACUCCAAUUUCUGCGGGUGAAUCUCAUCUCUAGAGUAAACAAUGGACCAAAGUUCUAAACCUAAAAUUCACAAGUAACGCCUCCCCCCCCCCCUUCCGCUGCUGAUGCGGAGAGAAGGAAACACUAUCCUUGUCAGGAAGUUCAGGGAUUCAAUUACUGAAGGGACUUGGGGUGGGGGGUAGGAGGAUAAGGAUAUAAAUUUUUAUGUAUAUCAGUAAUGUAUGUCUUCUGCCACUUUCUUAUGCUAUGAUUAUAAUACUUGAUUGUUUAUUUAAAUCUUUUAUUUUUUUCCAUUACUACUAAUUCCAUAACAGCGCUAUAGAACUAAUACGAGUUC